GGGGGUUAAGAUGGCGUUGUGCUUGUGUCGAGGUGCGUGGGGAAGUCCUUUUGGGAUUUGGCAGAGUUUGGCAAAAAACAAAUUGCAGCCAGUCACUUGGAUUCGGCAGAAAUUUACAAGGUCACGAAUACCUGAAUCGGUAUUUCAGCCACGACCUGGUGAUCACGAAAAAUAUGGGGGUGAUCCACAGCAACCUCACAAAUUGCACCUUAUCACUAGGAUCAGAAGUGGAAAAGGCCGUCCUUACUGGGAAAAGAAUAUGAUACAAUAUCUUGGAUUGGAAAAGCGAUUUGAGACUGUAGUGCACAAAAACAUUCCUUCUGUGAAUUCAAAACUGAAAGUCAUCAAACACCUAGUAAGAAUUAUGCCGUUAAAACUACCUCAAGGAAUUCCAACUGAAGAGGAGAUGUCUGAUGUCUAUCUUAACAGCAGAGGAGAACUAAUAAUUCGCCGUCGUCUACAACCAGUGGUACACAAAACCAUAGACUCUUCAUAAUGUGCAGUGAAUUUGUAUAAUAAAUAUAAUCUUACCUUGAAA